AUGGCCAACGUCCCUCAUGCUCAACGUGUAAUACCGCCGGGGAGACCCCCAAGCAAACGUUACGUCGAGGCACUCCAAGAGAGGAUCAGAACUUUGGAAGCACAAAUCGAGCGGUUUCAAAAUAAUGCUGGACUUCAGGAAAGACCUCCAUCGAGCUCUAUUGAAGAUAGUUACAGUAAUUCUGAGGGCGAUUCUCUUCCUGACGAUUCCAGCUACAGGUCUCCAAUCAAGGAUAUAAGCGACCGACUUGGAGCUCUCAACAUUGGUGAAGAUGGGCAAAUCCACUACUUUGGCUCCAGGAGUAACUUUUCCCUUCUGAAGAAUAGCCCUGUGGCAAGUUCAACAGUGUCAUCGCGUGACUUACAAAAGCAGGCUGCGGACACACUAGACCAACUAAAUCUUCGAGUCGAGGUAUCCGACGAGCUGCGGAACCAUCUCUUGGACCUGUUUUGGAGUUGGCAGAAUACAUGGCAGUAUCUCGUCGUCAAAGAACUAUUCCUUGAAGAUCUCUACAUCACGCAUACUGGACGAUAUGCUUCACCUUUAUUACUUUCUGCAGUAUUGGCCCUUGCAGCUCGGUAUUCAGAUCGAAUUGAACUACGAACCGAUGCCCUUGACCAGAAUACAGCGGGGAAUGCAUUGGCUGAGCAGGCCAAGAUGAUCUUGUUUUACGAGAGCCAGGCGCCAAAGGUGACGACGGUCCAGGCGACAGCAUUACUUGGAUUACGGGAGAUAGCUACUGAUAAAGAGGCUCUUGGGUGGAUGUAUUGCGGGAUGGCAGCGAGGAUGGCCUUCAACCUCGGGCUUCAUCUUGACCGAAGCCACUGGGUUGAUACAGGACACAUAACCAAGGACGAAGCCGAAGUUGGAACUAUUGUUUGGUGGGGAUGCUAUGUUUUAGACAAGCUAUUCAAUAUUGGGCUUGGUCGACCAUCCACUAUCCAAGAACACGAAACAUCUGCCAAGCUGCCUUCCAUGGAACAUGGUGCAGAGUACGAAUCUUGGCAUUCUGAGUCACCGAUCGGUGAACCUAUCGUCUUCCCACGGAGUCACCAAGUCUCAAAUGUCCGUGCGACCGUUCAGCUAUUCAGGAUCACAUCAUCAGCAUUGGAUGAGAUAUAUAGACCUGGCAGCCAACACGCCAAGUCUCGAAUCAUGGAGCUUGUUACCAAGACGCACGUCAAUAUCAUCGAGUUCCAGAUAAACCUUCCGAGCUGUCUUCGGCUUUCGCCAUCACCACUGGCACCCACGCUACCUCAUAUUUAUUUACUUCAUCUCCAGAUCCAUGUUGCUAUAAUUUUACUGCAUCGACCAUUUGUCGGAGUACAGCGAAAGACAGUGGACCCCAGUAGCUUUCAUCCCAGCACUGGAUCAAGUCAUCUCAAGGAGUGCAGUCAGUCUUCACAUUCCAUCAGUAAUAUUUUCAAGCUUUACAGCAAACACUACACUUUACGACGGAUACCUAUCUCAGCCAUUCACUGUGCUUUUACUGCAUCAAUUAUCCUACUCCUCGAAACAACGUCUACAGAUACAAAAGACCGUGACCGCGCUAUAGCUUCGCUCAAAAUAUUGGCCGAAGCGCUCACUGACAUGAGUACUGCUUGGGCCUGGAGCCAGCGCGCCCUCGUUGCAGUUCGUCAAUUGGCGAGGGAAUGGUCAGUUAGCGAAGACGCAUUCAGUGCACUUGGGAUCAGUAAAGGAGAAAGCGGCCAAGACACCGGAGAUGUUGUCGGCAGUACAACACAAGGGCUUGAGGGGGGUGACUCUAAUAGUUCACUUUGGGCCGCAGAAGGCCCCCAUUGUUUUGACAUGGACAUUCCAUUUAUGACAAGUGACGGCUUGGACUAUCAGGGGUGGAUUGGCACGCUGUUCACCGAACCGGGAUAUCCGGGCGAUGCCGCUUGA